UUAAGGAGGGGGAUAUUAUAUUAGACUUAGCCUCCCUCCAUGGCCCCAAAUCUCAUUCCUCAAAUGACCAAUCCAAUCACUGCCACGACUGCAGAGGCGAUAACGGGGGCCUCUUCCGCCGUGAAACGCCGCAAGAAUGAGCACAUCCACCGGGAUCUGAUUCCAGGGCUUCCGGAUCACAUAGCUCAAACAUGCCUCUCUUCCGUUCAUCCUUCUCUUCUCUAUUCCGUCUGCCAUUCAUGGCGUCGCCUUAUCUACUCUCCUUCCUUUCCUCCUUUCCUCUCCAUCUACGCCGUCUUCUCCUCUUCCGAUUCCGUCGGCUUCGCCUCCUUUGACCCCAUCUCCUCCGCCUGGCAAUUCCUCCCCCUUCCCCCGCCGACCGCCGGUCUCCUCCUCAGCCACCCUUCUUUCAUCUCCCGCCGUCUCCCAGUCCAGUCUGUCGCCGUCGCCGGGAACUUGGUCCUCCUCGCAGCCACCGCAGAUAAGUUCCUCCCCGCCCUAUCUCGCCCUUUGAUUUUUAAUCCACUCACUAGGAAAUGGACGUGUGGACCCCCUUUAAGCACCCCUCGCCGUUGGUGCGCAGCCGGGGUAUCCGGAGGCGCUGUCUACGUGGCGAGUGGUAUCGGGUCCCACUACAACCACAAAGUUGCUCGGUCGGUUGAGAAGUGGGACCUCAAAAGUAACGACCACCGCUAUUUUCGGUGGGAGAAAAUGGGCUGCCUCCGCGAUGGGAAAUUCAGUAGAGAUGCGAUUGAUGCUGUGGGGUGGAGAGGGAAGCUGUGUAUGGUGAAUGUCACCGGCGAUGCCGCCAAGGAAGGGAUAAUCUACGACGUGGAAAGCGAUGCCUGGGAGGAGAUGCCGGCGGGAAUGUUGAUGGGGUGGAGGGGCCCAGCGGCGGCGUUGGAUGAGGAAACCAUUUACAUGGUGGAUGAAUCCAAAGGCGCACUCAAGAGAUACGAACCGGAAAGGGAUGUGUGGGUGGAAGUAACGGAAAAUCAGAUGCUUAAAGGUGCUCAGCACAUCACCGCCGGAGGUGGACGAGUUUGUGUGAGCUGCGGCGGCGGCGAGGGUAUCGCGGUGUUUGACGUGGUGGCAAAUCCGCCGUCUAAUAUGUGGGUGGUGGAUACUCCGCCCGGAUUUCAAGUUUUAUCCGUCCAUAUUUUGCCCAGGAUGAGCCAAAACCAUUUUCACCCAUCAGAUUAGUCUUCUUCUAUACUUGUCCAAAUGAUCAUAGUUUUGGAAAUUUUUAUUUAUUUUUCCAAAUAUGAAUUUUAAUCCAUUUUGAUUAUUGGUGCGCUUUAAUUUAUUUAAAUUCCGCAGACGGCACAAUUAUAUUAUUAAAUUUUGUGACCAAUGCCAUAUUUGUUUAUCAUAUCACAAUGUUCAUACUCUUCCCAUUUCAA